CGCGCUCGCUUCCCUCCCGCCUGCCCCGGGGCCCCGCGCUCACCUCCCGCCCAGCCUUCCCCGCGCUGGGCGCCGAGGCUCCGCGCGGCACGCGCAGCCGUCUCUCCUCCCGGAAGGCGAGGCCGAGCGUGGCGGCCAUGGAGGCGGCGGCGCGGAGGCGGCAGCUCCCGGGAGCGGCUGGCGGCCCCGGUGUCGCGUUCUUGCAGGCCAGGCAUGGCUCCGCGAAGGCUGAGGACAAAGACCGCACAGCCCCCUUCCACUUUGACCUCUGGUUCUACUUCACACUGCAGAACUGGGUUCUGGACUUUGGCCGCCCUAUUGCCAUGCUGGUAUUCCCGAUCCAGUGGUUUCCUCUCAACAAGCCGAGUGUUGGGGACUACUUCCACAUGGCCUACAAUAUCACCACGCCCUUCCUUCUGCUAAAGCUGAUGGAGCGGUCCCCCCGAACGCUACCGCGGUCGAUAAUCUAUGUCAGCAUCAUCACUUUCAUCAUGGGAGCCAGCAUCCACCUGGUGGGCGACUCAGUCAACCACCGCCUGCUCUUCAGCGGGUACCAGCACCACCUGUCUGUCAGAGAGAAUCCCAUCAUCAAGAAUCUCAAGCCGGAGACUCUGAUCGACUCCUUUGAGCUGCUGUACUACUAUGACGAGUACCUGGGCCACUGCAUGUGGUACAUCCCCUUCUUCCUCAUCCUCUUCAUGUACUUCAGUGGCUGUUUUACUACCUCCAAGGCCGAGAGCCACAUGCCAGGGCCUGCCCUGCUCCUGGUGGUGCCCAGUGGUCUGUACUACUGGUACCUGGUGACCGAGGGCCAGAUCUUCAUCCUCUUCAUCUUCACCUUCUUCGCCAUGCUGGCUCUCGUUUUGCACCAGAAGCGUAGGCACCUGUUACUGGACAGCAAUGGCCUCUUCCUCUUCUAUUCCUUCGUGCUCACCCUCUUCCUGGUGGCUCUGUGGGUUGCCUGGCUGUGGAAUGACCCUGUGCUCAGAAAGAAGUACCCUGGUGUCAUCUAUGUUCCUGAGCCCUGGGCCUUCUACACACUCCAUGUUAGCAAUCAACAGUGAGGCUCAGUGGGGGCAACAGGCCAUGGUAUUUGUAUGUGUGCAUACGUGCACUGUGGUAAUAUGAACUGUGCACUGGGGGCAGAGAUUGGCAGAGUGUGUUGUUGAGAGACUCAACUGUUCUGGUCAGGUUUUGGGUUUGUUUGUUUGUUUGUUUGUUUGUUUUGCUUUGGACUUAAGAUGGAGUUUAUUUUGGCGAAGUAUAUGAAGGCCAAGAUCACCCCUGCCCUCCCCUGUAUUUCACUACCAUUAGAGGUGCCCGAAACAUCCCUAUCUCUCAGCACUGGGCUGGCCUUAUGGAGAUGUCUUCUGGUGGCAUGCAGGUGAGGGCUGGGCAGGACAGAAGCAAGAGACUCGGCUACUUGCCUGGCUCCUGGCACCUGAAACUGCCUACCCCUGGGCCCUAGGUUUCUGGGUCACAACUUCUUUUGUGCUUUAAACAGAGCAAUUCCAACUCUGGGCUUCAUUUGUUCUGGACAGCUCCUAUGGCUCUGGGGACUGGUGGUUACUGAUUCCCUUGGAGCAGCAGCAGCAAGGAAGAGUGGUUCUUUUACUAUGUCCCCCACCCCUCCUCCUGGUCACACUGUCAGUGAAGCUCUUGGAGCUGGCCUGGGUUCUGAGCUACAUGGAAGGCAGAAUUCUCAAGCCCUUGUUUUAUAGAUUCCCUGAGACCCGUUGUAAGGGUCUGAGACAUUACAAGUCGGUCUCUUGAGACAGUGCAGCCUGACUCUUUCACCACCUGCCUGGUGCCUUUGUUCCCAGCAUGGUGGCUCCUGCCUUUCCCCAGCCCACCUCCUCCUAGGCCUCAGAUAUAGGUCUCCUUGGCACGAGGUGCCAUCACCUUAUUUAGCAGUCAGCAUUGAGUGGUCUGUGCUGUGAGUCUUGGGGAUACUCCGUGCAUGGCUCUGCCUCUUUUCUGCUGCUCUCAGGGACUAGGCCUCAGUUUUCUCUAGUAGACUUUCUAUGGGCUAGCCCAUGCUGGGGUGGAGGCAGGGGUGAGAGGUCUGAAUAAAGGCUGAUUUGAAGCCCA